AUGAAUAACGAAGAGAGCAAGUUUCAGCCGGAUGAGGACGAGGAGCAGGUCGACAAGAUGGAGGAUGACGUGUUUCUGCGGUGCAUUGAGGCCAACAUGUUGUCUGACAUGACUCUGCAGGGCAUUGAAGCGAUUGCCAAGGUCUACAUGCACUUGCCCAACACCGACUCCAAGAAACGAAUCGUUAUCGAAGAAAACGGGGAGUUUUCGAAAACCGCCGAAUGGCUCCUGGAAACUGACGGCACGAGUUUGAUGAAGGUGCUGUCUGAGCGAGACGUGGACCCCGUGAGAACGUACUCGAAUGACAUUUGCGAGAUCUUCUCGGUCUUGGGGAUCGAAGCCGUGCGGAAGUGCGUGGAGAAGGAGAUGAACACGGUGCUUCAGUUUUACGGGCUGUACGUGAAUUAUAGACACUUGGCCCUGUUGUGUGACGUGAUGACGGCCAAGGGACACUUGAUGGCCAUUACGCGACACGGGAUCAAUCGUCAGGACACUGGUGCUCUCAUGAGGUGCUCUUUCGAAGAGACGGUGGACGUGCUGUUGGAUGCGGCGAGUUGCGCCGAGUUGGAUCCGUUGCGCGGCGUGUCAGAGAACAUCAUGAUGGGCCAGCUGGCCCAUAUCGGGACCGGUGCGUUUGAUUUACUGCUGGACGCGGACCGUUGCAAGUUUGGGAUGGACGUGGCCCCCGCCGUCGGAGGAAUGGGACUCUUGGGGCCCGGCAUGUUUUUUGGGGGCGGGGAAUCCCCGACUGCCAAUGGCGGGAUGACCCCCGCCAUGACCCCCUAUGCGAAUUCGGCGCAAACACCAAUGUAUGGCAGUGUUUGGUCACCAGCUCGUAGCAGUGCCAUGACUCCAGGAGGACCAUCAUUCUCACCAACUGGCUCAGAUGCUUCAGGGUUAUCACCAGGCUACUCACCAGCAUGGUCACCACAGCCAGGCAGUCCUGGCAGCCCUGGUGGUCCCAUGAUGUCACCAUACAUCCCUUCACCAGCUGGUGCUCUGUCUCCAAGUUACAGUCCAAGUUCACCAGCAUUUGCACCAGGAAGCCCAAUGGGAUCCCCAGCAAGUCCUGGCUACAGUCCAACCAGCCCUGGGUAUUCUUUGUCCAACUCUAGCCCAAGUUACAGUCCUGCAAGUCCGAGUUAUGCACCAACCAGUCCCAGCUACAGUCCAACAAGUCCAAGUUACAGUCCAGCUAGCCCAAGCUACAGUCCAACCAGUCCAAGUUACAGUCCCGCGAGUCCGAGUUACAGUCCGACGAGUCCAGCGUACAGUCCUGCGAGUCCGAGUUACUCACCUGGUGCUCAGAAGUACUCUCCCACGAGUCCCUUGUAUGCACCUACCAGUCCUGCGUAUAGUCCUACGAGCCCGAGUUUCUCGGGUUUCUCUAAGGACGGAGAGAAGAAGAAAAAGAAGAAGCACUGA